AUGGCAACGACAGCGGUGGUGUCGGCAUCGCCUAGCGACUGCGAACCUACAGCCGCAACGGACGAGGGCACCACAUGGUGGAGCCUCCCCACGGACUCCUUCACGGAGAUCUUGUUGCACCUACCUCCGAGCUGUCGGCGCAUGGUCCGCCUCGUGUGCCGGCACUGGCGUGCCGUCAUCGACGGGCGGACACCGCCGCAGAGCAAGCCCGCGGUGCCCGCGUGCUUCACUGGCAUCACGUCCGCCUCAGCCUACGUCAUCGACGCCGACAUCGCCACUGGUCCGUGUAGGAAGGUGUGGGGAGUCAACGCCGACCCCAACGCCAGAGACGACCGCAGGCGCGUGACCAUGGUGUUCACGCUGGGGGACCCCUCACAGGCGUGGCGCGACGUCCCGGUCUCGUUCCCCGGUGGCGCUACCGCGACGUGCAGCGUCGACGCCGGCCUCGUCCCCGUCGACGGCGCCACGUAUUGGGUCACCAAGGGCGCCGAGAGGGUCGUGUCGUUCGACCACGAGGACGAGCACGUCGCGUUCGCUCCGCCGCUGCCGGUGGAGGGCGGGCCUGGCUACGUCCUCCGUCUAAUGGAGGUCCGCGGGCGGCUGGGGCUCGCCGUCUACGCCGACAGAUGGGCGCCGGCGAAGACCGACAUUUGGGUUCUCGGCCGGCAGUUAGGGUGGAGCGGCGAAGUCUGGCGUCAGGAGUGCGGCGGGGGUGUGCAGCGCCUCCCGUCCGCGACCAGCGCCAGCGCGGGCAAUCACGUGCUCACCGUGAGGGCGCUGGAGCACAGCCUGAAGCACCACUUGUACGCGCACGGAUGCAUGACGCGGCGGGGAGGUUGCAGAGCGGCGAGGUGA